UACUCUGAGGGGGAAAAAAAACCACGUAUUCACAAUAGAAGAUGGUUUCGUUGUCGCUAUUAAAUGACAAAAAGGUUAACGAUGGAAACGUGGCGGCCUGUUUCAAAGGAACAAUAACUCUGGAUGGUACAAAGAGGUUGAAUCUCUUUGGUAGAAGGCAAACCGUAGCUAUCUGGAUAGAGCUGCUGUUAAUCUGGAACAUGUCUCUGUCCACGAUAAGAGGUGCCAAACACAUUUGAUGUCACCCAUCACCUCCCUGGCCUUAGUGAUAACGGUAGGAGCGGAAGAAUGAGGAAAGUUAAAAAGGGAAGGGUGGAGGGAGAUUGAAGCUAUGCUGGCACUCAUAGUAGAUGAUACCGUUCUUUAAAAGGCGUAAAUAAAGAUUGGGUAGAGGUUUGGUGGAAAGGAAAAGGAAGGAGACAAGAGAAGUGAUGGGAGAUUCAGGCCUUGUGGACUAUUUAACGUCUCUGCCGCUACGUAGAAUAGAUGACUAUGUCGUCGAAUCGUCCGCUGCUCAAGUAAUGUGCCGGAAAUUUGAGAGUGACUUCCCUUACUAUAGCGUAACGACUGUUGUUGAUAGCAGUGGUCUGUGUGUGCACGAACGUUUGUAGGAGAUAGAAGUUUGUGGUGUAAGUCUGUACUGUGGUUGACAGCAGUGGUUUAUUUACGUUUGUGCUGUGGUUGAUAGCAGUGGUCUAUGUAAGUCUGUGCUGUGGUUUGAAUCUGCGGCACGUCGCUCCUGUCAAAGGUUAUGGUCUUUCAUGCAGACGACCAAAGGGAUAUAACUGCUGGCGAAAGCGCUGUCUGAAAAGUUCAACAGUGGUAAUUAAAUAGAAGUGUAUUAACUCUUCGCAACAAGUUGUAAGACCGCUUCAGUUUGUUGAAAGUCAGUAAGCAUUGAUUCGAUCAGCCUCUCAUCAAAGCAUUGGGAUGAAUUCAAACUGGAGAACCGUAGAGGCCUGGAGGGAUAUGAAUGUCUGCCUGACCACACCUAGUAAUGAGGCAUGUAAAAUGUUUGAUGCUACCCUCACACAGUAUGUCACCUGGCAAGAACUUGACAGUGUUGGUGGCAUCGAAGGCUCACUAGAUAAAAUGCUACGAGCCGAUUCAGACUUUGUGAUGGGUCAUGUGAUGAAAAAUGGUCUGGACUUGAUUGGCACUGGUCGCACGACGAGACUGGACCCUGAAUUCAAGGCUGACUUUGACAGAAUGGUUGAGCUGUCUGAUAAACAGACUGGACUCUCUGCCAGUGAAAAGAAUCAUGUCAAAGCUCUCCAGCUGUUUGCUGAUGGUCACAUGGCACUGGCAGCCAAUAUAUGGGAAGACAUUCUCAUCGACCACCCACUAGACAUGCUGGCACUGAAAUUUGCUCAUGAUUCCUACUUUUACCUUGGUCAGUCCAACCAGAUCCGGGACAGCAUUGCUCGAGUUUUAAAGCAUUACCAGCCCUCAAAUCCAUUUUAUGGAUAUCAUUUUGGGAUGUAUUCAUUUGGUCUAGAGGAGACAAAUCUGUAUGACCAGGCAGAGAAAAUGGCCAGAAAGGGGCUUGAGAUCAACCCAGGUGAUGCAUGGUCCACUCACACCAUUUGUCACGUGAUGGAGAUGAUGGGUCGCCAGGAUGAGGGCAUCAGUUUUCUAGAUAAAACUGUGAAAGACUGGGAGCCCAGAGGCUUACUGGCAUGCCAUAACUUUUGGCACUGGGCUCUUUAUUACAUUGAAAAGGGUGAAUACCAAGCAGCACUGGAUAUUCUUGAUACUCAGGUAAAAGUUCGAGCUUCCAAGUCUGGUGCAUUGCUUGAUAUUGUUGAUAGCAGCUCUUUGUUAUUUAGGCUUCAAAUGGAGGGUGUGAACAUUGGAGAUCGAUGGGAAGAUGUGUUUGAGCUGUGUAGGCCCCAUCUGGAUGAUCACAUUCUGGUAUUUAAUGACAUCCAUUUUCUGCUUGGAUGUCUAGGGGCAGGGAAAGCGGAUGCUACAAAGUAUUUCAUCAACUCUUUCGAAGAGUUUGUCAGAGAUGGUGCAGGCUGCCAGCAUGAUGUGGCUGGUGGUGUGGGUCAGACCCUGUGCCAGGCCUUUGUUUCCUACUCUGCUGGUGACUUUGCCUCAGUGGUGGACUUACUUUAUCCAAUCCGUUACCAAAUCAUUUCGAUUGGUGGCAGCCAUGCUCAGAACCUGUUUAACUUGUUGCUGAUUCAGGCAGCAAUUAAGUCUUCUAGACCACGUCACCACUGCCUUGCCAGAACCCUUCUGGCAGAGCGUAAAGCACUGAAGGAAAAUGCACCAAUGACAGAUCGCCUUAUUGCACAUGCCAUGGCUGUGCAUGCCGACUAAACCAUUCAUAGCUUCUGAUGCACUUUGUCAGCACAACGGACCAGCAUAAAAAGAACUACUAGAUGGUGGAACAAGGAUAGCUGCAUCAGAAGUAUUACUGCACAUGGAGCUGAACAUGUGUGUACAGAGGUACCAAAAUAAAAAAGACACACAUGUGCGCAUAUAUGCACACACACAGAGGUGCUAAACCAAAGAGAAUUACCUACCAUGUGCAGAUAUGCGAAAAUGUCUAAAACAUAUCACUCGUUGAUAUUUACUUUUAUUUCAUUAUUCACGUUCACCAACCAGUGAUUAUCAAGUUUGAGGUGAUUGUAUGGACUCCUCUCCCAUCUGACCUUGAUGUGCCUGAAGGUGUUUCUGAGACAAAACUGCAGAACCGCCUCUAAGUAUUUCUUUGUAUUUCUCGUUUUUGGGAGUAUUGGUGCUACAUGAGCAAGUAGUUUAGUACAUGUACCUGAGUUGCUUUUGAAUGAUCCAAACUAUUUUCCAAGGAGAAAAACCAAUGGCAGCACAGAGACAUUUUGCAAAUUAUUUACAGUUUGGUCCAGUGUGUGUGUUUACCAUAGACCAACAGCUUGCGAAUGCCAGCUACUGCAGGAGGGUUAACUGCUGCUCAUGUCUUUAACUUCUUGUCAGUUCAUAGCCAUUUUGGCAAUGUGAAAUUCUAUGUCUCAUAUAGUUAUUCAACAGAGUUAUUAACCUUCACACACAAUUCCACGAUAGAUGUCAUUAGUAUACUUUCUAGUAAUGCCAGGUUUAUUAUAUAUCUUUUUGUUCUUUGGACUUUGUGACUGCAUGUCACAUUAAAACAGAAUGAUAAAGCACGUAAGUUUCCCAGUUUGCAAAUGUAUACAAAAUUCACCAGUUUAAUAUUAUUGCCUUGAAUAACUUCAGCAGAGGUGCCAUUAUUUACAAAAUGUUCUCUCUUAAAGUAUUAUGUUCAUACUAUACUUGACAACACAUUGUAAUCAGUGACUUCACAGAUGUGCACGCCUAGUUAUCUUUUGAGAAGGUAAUAAAUUUACAAUUGUUACUGCAGUAAUCUAAA